CGGACCGAGACAUUUAAACAGUUGUGGCCGUCGCUCUAUUUCUACCCCAGAGCAUCAUGUCCCGUGGGGAAGCAGACCUUUUCUCCAGGCCCUGAAAGUGGAGCUGGUGUCGGGAGUGAGCCACUCCAGUCGGCCAUCCGGGUAGGGGUUUUCUCACCGGUUCCGUGUGGUUUCGGUUCCGAGUCCAGCUUGGCCAGUUCCGACCCCACUCGGUUCCGAGGCAUUUAUUCCCCGCCGUGGGAUGGUCUCCUGGUCUCAACCAACUGCCUCCUUUGGUUACGCAAAUGGCUCACUUUGUGGGUACGGAUAGGGUGA